GCAGUUAGCUUGUCAGACGAGACGGAACAAGCUAUUCGUAACGACUGACACAACGACACAUAUUUCCGGAGUGUAUACAGAGGAACGGAAAACACACAGUUACUGACGACCUGAGAACACGUCGGAGGAAUAUUUUAACCGAAGUUAAUAUGAUGUAGCAGAAUGGAAUCCCUGCCACGGUCUUCCUACGAGCGACACUGCAAGAGGUCACGUCUCAGUUCCAGCUCUCAGAACGAGGAGCCCUGAACCCCCAUGAGCCCCGUUACUCGCCAGAAGUUGCUGUUUGCACUUGUAAAGAGACACUGACAGUACAGACAGACAUGUUCGCCAAGUUGAAGAAGAAGAUCGCAGAGGAGGCCGCCACGGCACCCAGGAGCGGUGUCCGUAUACCCCGCACCAUCAGCAAGGAGUCCAUCACUUCAGUGGGGGCGGACUCCGGGGACGACUUUGCGUCCGAUGGCAGCAGCUCCAGGGACGACCUGCCCGCCCAGCUCCUCAGGAGGAACGAUCAGAUUCGGAGGCUGGAGGCCAAGCUAUCAGACUACGCUGAGCAGCUACGAAUUAUGCAGAAGACCAAGGACAAGCUUGAAAUUGCAUUAGAAAAGCAACAGGAUUCAUCUAUAAAGAAAUUUCAAGACCAGAGUGAGACUCACCAGACCAGCAGAGCCAAAAUGGCAGAGGGGAUGACUUUAGCGCUGGAGAAGAAGGAUGAGGAAUGGAUGGAGAAGAUGGGCGUUGUGGAAAAGGAGAAGGCUGCCCUGUCAGCCCGGGUGGAGGAGAUGAUGGAGCAAAGCUUGGUGCUCUUCCAGAAAAGGGACGACCUGGAUGAACUCGAGGGCUUCCAGCAGCAGGAGCUCGCUAAAGUCAAACACAUGCUGCUGAGGAAGGAGGAGCAGCUGAGUCAGAGGGAGAAGGAGCUUCAGCAGAAGGAGGCUGAAGCUCACUCAGCAAAGCGAGGACUGUCUGAAACCGGGGAUAAACUAAAGACUCUGGAACAGCAGUACGAGGAGAGCAGCAGUCUCAACGCUGAGCUUGAAAUAGAGCGAGAGGAGCUGCUCCUGCUUAGAGAGGAGGCUGACAAGAAGAUCAGUGAGCUGGAGGGAAAGUGCCAGGAGCUUCAGGCAGUCAUCCGGCAGAUCUCUGAAGACUUCCAGAAGUCACAGGACAUGGUGUCAUCUUUAGAGAAGUCCCUUUAUGAUCUGAAGACUGAGCAUGACGCCCUCAAGUUGCAACAACAAAAGGCUGCUGUGACAGAGGAGGACAAGGAGCGUGUGCUGAUGGACCUUCAGAAGAAAGUGACCUCCCUGGAGAGACGGCUGCAGGGGAACCUGAGCCAGGACGAACAUCUACAGGAGCUCCUCCAGGAGAAGUCCAGCCUGGAGCAGAGUCUGGAGGAGAGCAGAGCAGAGCUGCUGGUUGUUAGGACAAACCACGCUGAUACUGUCAGCUCUCUGGAGGCACAGGUAUCCAAAAUGAGCUGCAGUAUCACCGAGCUGCAGACUCUUCUCCGACACAAAGACGAGUCCUCCAGAGCCUACAGAGAGAGGACAGACACACAAAUCGCUAACCUGGAGCAGCAAGUCCUCGAAACCAGUGAGCGACUGAAGGGCUCAGAGCAGCAGAUCACUGAGAAAGAGCAGCACAUGGAAAAACUGCAGGGAGAGUGGAGUGCAGAGAAAGCCUUUCUGGAUCAGCAGGUGUGUUUGUUGCAGCAGCAGAGUAAAGAGAAGAGCAGCCGGCUGGAGGAAAACAUCACUUCAUUAAAGGCAGAAAAACAAAGCAUGCAGGACAGGCUGGCUGAUCUAGAGAAGCAGAGGGAGGAGGCCAACUCCUCUCUGAAACAGCGGACAGAAGAGUUGGAGCAGUGCACGGUGGAGCUGGGCAGCCGGCAGACUGUGAGCACCGAAAUCGCCAAAGCUCUGGAAGAAACUAGACGACAGAAGGAGGAGCUGCAAACACAGGUUGGAGAGCUGACCACAUCUCUACAGACCUCACAGCAGGAAGUGUCCACUGUCAGUGAGAAGCUAUCACUGAGAGAGGAUGACAUCAAAGCUCUCCAGAAUGAGGUGCAGAGUCGGCAGGCGUCGCUGGUCCAGCUGCAGGAGGAGCUGGAGCAGCAGCGAGCCCAGCUGGAGCAGAUGGAGAAGGACAAAGACUCACAGCUGAUGAGCCUGAAAGAGGAGCUGCUCAGUCAGACACAGCAGCUAGACGGCUGCCAGGCGCGGAUCUCGUACCUAGAGGUGGAGGUGGAGACCCUGACGGAGCAGCUUCACAGCCCCGCCGUGUGCGAGGAGGAUCAGAACGGCAGCGUGACGGUGGACGACCUGGAUCACAUUCAGAAGCUCAACAGAGAGCUGGAGCAGCAGCUCAGCGACAAGAACAGGACCAUCAAGCAGCUGCAGCAGAGACUGGCAGAACUGAAGAGGACUCUACAGAAGGAACUGAAGCUGAAGCCUGAGCCCGAAGCCGAAGCCAAGGAGAAGCUGCCAGAAAGCAGAGCGGAAAAAACAGAGAGGGUUUUUCUGGAGCCACUGCCCUUUUCCAACCUGAGCCCCCCGACUUCCAAAACCCUGGUGACCAACACCUCAGACCUCAACGACUCGCGAGAGAUCAACUUUGAGUAUCUCAAACACGUCGUCCUCAAGUUCAUGUCAUCCAGAGAGGCCGAGGCAUUCCAACUGAUACGAGCUGUAUCUGUGUUGUUGAACUUCACACGGGAGGAGGAAGACAUGUUGAAGCAAACUCUGGAAUACAAGAUGUCCUGGUUUGGAUCCAAGCCUUCUCCAAAGGGAGCCAUCCGGCCUUCAAUCUCAGGCGCUUCGACCAGCUGGAGCUGAUGGGCGGCAGAGAGAGAGAGAGAGAGAGAGCUGACGUGACGAGGGAAGAAGGGACAUAAAGGAGCAGCUUCAUGAGGAAAACAGUCCCUCCUGUGUCGGCCGCCAUCACAGAGCAGGACUCGUGCUUUAAACUGUGAAAUAGCCUCCCACAGCUCUGUGUGUGUGUGGGGGGGGGGGACAGUUGUUUUCUGCUCUGUUGGGGCACAGAAAGGCUGCGCUGUCGUCUGUAAAAAUGUUGAUUUUUAAAACGUCACGAACGGUUGAAGCAGACGGCAUAUCUGGAGUAAACUGACAGACGCAUCAUUUGCUGAUUUCCCUACACGGCACAAAUCUGAUGUUUCCUCGUCAGCGUAAACAGCAAAAAAAGCCAGUUCAGCAUUUAAGAAAUAACAGACUGAGUCGAGCGGGGGGGGGGGGAAACAGCCCCACUUCUACCCAGAGUCAAACUACACAACUCACACACAAGAAAACACACAGUGAGACUUGGUGCAAUUGUCUUCACAGGACAAACGCUACAGCCUUUUAUUCUUGAGGGACCUUUUAGCUCGUCACUUGGUUUUUCUUUCAUUUUAAAUCACACGGGGCUUCUUAUUGAAAUCAUUUUAAUGACCUAUAUAGGAUACUGAAAGGUGAGUUAGUAUCAGAGUUUAUUAAAUAGUACCUGACAAAAAAAGACAAAGAAUUCACACUGGUGUCAGAGGACUCAAAUGAGUCUACUUGUAGAGUUUGGAGCCUUUUUUUUCAAAUUUAAAAGGCCAUAAAAAUGUCAACAACACUCCAAUAACUUUCUGUAACUCUGCUGAAAUAUUAAUGAUAGCAGUGAAGGAAAGACACUAAAGUACAAUUAGUGUCUUGAUUAAACAAUCAAAGGAAAAUGCUGUAAUUUCUGUCCAAAAAACAAAUAUCAACGAUGACGUCUGAAUCAUGAUGAGUCAGCAUUAACUGGAUUAAGUUGAGGGUGUAUCUUUAAACUGUCUUAAACAGUGAAAUAUACAGUACCAGUCAGUUUCACUGGUACUGUAACCGCUCUCAUUUCUCUUAUUUCAUCCCUACUGUCGUUACAAGGUGGUCUGAACUAGAGCCCGAGUGAUGCUGAUUUUUGAGGCCAAUAAUGGUGUUUUAGAGUUAAAGAAAUUUUAAGAUAUUCAUAUUUUAACACAAACAUAAUAUUUCUUCCAAUUUCUUUUGGAAAAAUCCCUUAAAUUUGGCUAAGAAAUAGAGAAGUAAGAUACUGUAUCUGCUGCUAAAAUCUCAAACGCCAUCUAGUGGCCAGAUGAUGGAACUGCAACUAUUCAACUCAAUAACCUUGCAUAUGUUUGGUAUUUCUGCAUCGCUUUUUUUUGGGACAAAUUCACUGAUCUAUCUGUAAUUUGAUCAAAUUGUUCGGGCUCUAGUCAGAACAGCCUAUUCUCUUUUAAGAAUUGAAUAUAACUGCUUGAUCAUUGGCCUGUAUUUUAAAAUGACUGUCAUAUUGGUAUUGGGAGACCCUUAAUCUAAUCAUGACUCUAACCUGAAGCACUUGUAAACACCUGUAGAGCUUUGCUGAGAGACCAUACACCCCAUGAAAGUAGCACACUCAGUUCAGGAUAAUAAAGUUUGGAGUUCUGGUGCUGGGGGAACACAAAUGACCACCACAGCUGAUACAAUCUUAACACAUAGACUAUUUUCUGUCCUUUAACACCAAAAUGAAUGAGUCUGGCUGUGUGUUUGGGUAUUAAUUCUAAUGUGAUAAAAAAGAAAAGAAAAGUGAAUGCUCUGUAAAUGAUGAAAUGAGAACGUGCUCUACCUUUACCUGCCUUUGCAAAUGUAAAUGAAAGUACAUUCCACAUGUUUAUUUAUAUAUAUAGAAAUAUGUACAUACUGUAUGCAUUGAGAACUUUAUAAAUCAGUGGAUGUAAAUGG